AUGAUGUCUGCUCGUGUCGCCCGCAACGGCCUGCGUGCCGCCCAGCAGUUCUCCGUCGUUCGCCCGGCCGUCAACGGCCUGCGCACCUAUGCCACCCCGGCCCAGGAAGUCCGCCCUCCCGUCGCGCUGUUCGGCGUUGAUGGCACCUACGCCACUGCUCUGUACACUGCUUCCGCCAAGUCCUCCGCCCUUGACCAGACCGCCAAGGCCAUCGCCAACCUCGGCCAGACCCUGAAGGCCGACCAGAAGCUCGGCACAAUCCUCGGCGCCCCGACUCUGAGCGUUGCCGACAAGCAGUCGAUCAUCCAGGAGCUCCAGAAGGUCGCCGGUGCCGACAAGGCCGACAUCCUCAAGAACUUCCUCCAGACUCUCGCCGAGAACAACCGCCUCGGCGCCCUCGAGGGUGUCUGCGACAAGUUCUCCACCCUGAUGAGCGCCCACCGUGGUGAGAUCGAGCUGAACAUCACCUCCGCCCAGGAGCUCGAUGCCAAGUCCGUCUCCCGUGUCGAGAAGGCCGUCGCCAAGUCCAUCUACAGCCAGGGCAAGAAGCUCAAGGUUGUCACCAAGGUUAACCCCGAUCUGGUUGGCGGCCUUGUCGUCGAGAUCGGCGACCGCACCAUCGAUCUUAGCGUCUCCUCCAAGAUCGCCAAGAUGAACAAGGCUCUCACUGAUGCCCUGUAA